ACAAGGGGGAAAGCAGUUGUAAAGAAGAACAUAGACUGUUAGAAAGAGAGCGGGAGUGGGAUACGAGCUGUCAGAAAAGUGAAAGAAACAGAGAGUAUAGACAAAUCGAAAACGGAUCCCACCACAUGGUUACACACCCGAAUCAGAUCCAUUGUUCUUUAUCAUCAUCUUUAUCAUCCUCUAAAUGCUCAAUUGUGUAUUAAGAGUCAAUAACAUUCCCAAUGGCCAAUGACAGUGAUUUCAAACUUUCUUCCGACUCAUCCAUCUCCUUCCUUGAUGUCUUCAAUGAUACAGAGAUCGAAGAUGGCAGCAUUGUCCUAUUCUCCAACAGCACUGUUGAGGAACCCAGCAUUGUGAGUAACAAUGCCACCACAACCAUUGGAGCCCUCAUCCUGGGCCUGGUCUUCCUCCUCGGCGUACCGGGGAACCUCUUCAUCAUCUGGAGCAUCCUGGCCCGCGCCCGCCAACGCUCCGUCACCACCCUCCUCAUCCUCAACCUGGCGUGCGCCGACGGCUUCCUCAUGUGCCUCACCAUCUUCUUCAUCAUCUAUUUGGCUAGGCAGAACUGGGACUUUGGCAACUACAUGUGCAAGGGGGUGUUUUACCUGUGCAACACAAACAUGUAUGCCUCCAUCUUCCUCAUCACGCUGAUGAGCCUGCACAGGCUGGUGGCAGUGGUGUGGCCCCAUCGAGUGGCGGCCCUGGCCAGCAAGAAGAUGGUAGUGCGGGCAAUAGCUGUGCUCUGGGUCCUGGUGUUCUUCAUGGCUAUCCCUGCUCUGGUGUUCAGGGAGGUGAGGGAUGAUCAUGACGAACAGAACAAAACCCGACUGGUGUGUGCCUCAGAUCACAGUCUGCCUCAACAUGUGGUGUUCCAGUACACCUUUGAGACAGUAUUGGGAUUUCUGGUUCCGUAUGGGAUUAUAGUGAGCAGCUAUGUCUGCAUCCUGAGACGCCUCAGACAGACCAAGUUCCGUCGCAAGAUCCGCAGUGAGAAACUCAUCCUGGCCAUCGUUGUGAUGUUUGGCAUCUUCUGGUUGCCCUAUCACGUCAUCAACAUAAUACAGGUGGUGGCUGAGCAUUUUGAAGACGGUUCACCAAUGAAAAAGAGACUAUAUAGGAUAUGGCAGCCCAGUCGUGCUGUGACCUCUGCUCUGGCCUUCAUCAGCAGCUGUGCCAACCCCAUUCUCUACACAUUCACUGGGAAGUCCUACAUCAGAGAGGAUGGCAUGGCCUUCAUGGCUCGCCUCUUUGAAGGGACAUCUCUGGACACUGGGAUAAGGAAGGGCCGGCAGACAACCAGGGACAGGGAGGAAAAGGGACUCAAAGAUAUGUUGUCUUUCAGCAGCACUGGGGAAAAUGCUGUGAUGAAUGGAAAAUAG